UACGAACCGUCAGUAAACACAACAGCAGCACGCUCCCCGCCGCUAGGUUAGCUCCGGUUAGCUAGCAUUAGCUGACGCUAGCGCUGCCGCAAAGCACUACGGAAAUUGUCGCUGGACCCGGCUGGUGAGAACAGCGGAUACCGUCGUUGUUUUUCACACACAUCCAUGUAUCGCUCGUCCGUGUCUCGUGUCGUAGUCGACAACCGGAUCGAUUUCAUAAAGUAACGUUCGCUGUCAAGUGGACAACAUUAUCUUGUCUUUCGCUGUGGCUAAAUUAGUCAGCUAACCAACUGUAGCAUAUAACUUACGCUAGCGUGGCUAAUGUUACGUCGGCAGGAGAACCCCAUGUCUUGAAGGAAGGAAGGAAGGAAGGAAGGGAGGACAUUCAUAAGCAGGAUCACUGCGUGCUGUUGCUCAUGCAGAGCUAACACACCAUUUCAGUCUCCUGAGUUCGUACUUAAAAGAAAGUGACUGUCCGUGCACCCUGUGCGACAUUUAACACUAUUUGCUGUAUCCCAUUGCGGUUUGCAUUACUUAAGUUAACUGUCAACAACAACACUCCUCCUGGCCAGCAGUGCUGCAAGCGACAGGGGGGGGCACCAUGGCGUCGGAUGAGAUCGAGAGCGACGCGGUGCUGAAGGGUGUCAGUGGUAUGGAUUUGAACAAAAGGAGCCCAGGUUUAGUCACACCCGGGUGGACCGACGGGGGGCCGGGCACCCGACGGACGUCCAGUCCCUCGUCUUCUCCGGCGUCGGGAGAAGGCGAUGCGGGGGAAUCGGACGCAUUGGGAAAUAGCACCGCUUCCGCGGUGGAAAAUGGCGAAGAGGCUCUUCAGGAGAGGAGUGUGAGCCAAACAAGAGGUGCGCCACAGGAAAGGACGAGUCCAGACAAUGAGCAGCAGCAGCAGCGGGGAGCGAGGAGCUCUUCCCCGGUCAGCCUUCCCCAGCCACGAUCACCACCCGGGCCCAUCGGAAGCCUGGAGCGUCAAGAGUCCGUUGCUACAUCAGAAGCUCGCCUAAGACUGGAGGGAGUUGAACUGAAGGAAGAGUGGCAAGAUGAGGACUUUCCACGGCCUCUACCCGAGGAGGAGGAGCUUGAAGAUGAACUUUUUGGAGGAGCUUCUGAAGAAAUAGACCCUGGCUAUGCAAAGGGACACGGCAAGAAGGCAAAGAAGAAGCUCGCAGCCCCCGACAUCAGUCUCACACUCGACCACAGCGAAAGCUCUCUUCUCUCUGACGAGCUGGAUGAAAGCACAGAGCUGGACCUCGAUGACAUAGACACACCAUCAGACAAUAGCAAUGAGUUUGAGUGGGAAGACGAUCUGCCCAAGCCGAAAGCCACAGAGCUGCUUCAGAAGGGCGUGGAGUCGGUGCAGGAGUACUCCGCCUCGGAGGAGAGGGAGGAGGGCCGGCGCUGGAGGGUGUUUCGUAUCGGGGACCAGGAACACCGAGUGGACAUGAAGGCCAUCGAGCCUUACAAGAGGGUCAUCAGCCACGGAGGUUACUAUGGAGACGGUCUGAAUGCCAUAAUUGUGUUCGCAGUGUGCUUUAUGCCUGAAAGCAAUAAACCGAAUUAUAAAUACAUCAUGGACAAUUUAUUCAAGUACGUCAUUGGCACGCUGGAGCUUUUGGUCGCUGAGAACUAUAUGAUUGUGUAUUUGAAUGGGGCGACCUCUCGGAAAAAGAUGCCAACGGUUGGCUGGCUCCGAAAAUGUUAUCAGCAGAUUGACAGAAGGUUGCGGAAGAACUUAAAGUCUUUGAUAAUCGUCCAUCCUUCUUGGUUUAUUCGCACGCUGCUGACACUCACAAAGCCUUUCAUAAGUUCUAAAUUUAGUCAGAAAAUCCAGUAUGUGUUCAGCUUGACAGACCUCGGAGAACUUGUUCCGAUGGAGUACGUGUCCAUACCAGAUUGUAUCAAACAGUUUGACGACGAAAAAAAUAGGAAAAGCCGUAAAAGGUAUAUGCACUUGCACCCAGGGUCAAACUCGGCAUUCUUUUUGCAUUUCACGAAACUAACAACAAAAUGAUCCGUUGGCUCUCAGAAACGCACCAAUGCACCUCGAAGUCUUUGUAUUAGGAUAAAUUGCUCUUCCCUUUCCGCCUAAACCCGACAAUCAGCUUCCCUAAACCUCCCACAUCUUUCUCACAGUAGAUUCUUCCCUAGAAACAGACUGACGAGCUGUUUGAUUUGUUUUCCCAAAAGUAGAAGUAGAAGUAGACGGCCUGGUGACAUCUUUUUUCUGAGCCAAUUAUGUGAUGUUCAUUUCAAAGUCAUUUCUGGUUAAAUUUAUUGCCUCAUAAUAACAUCACAUAUACUCUAUGGGUGCACUUUGAUAACACAAGGCACUUGUUUCCACUGGGAUGCUGAAUUAAAGAUGUAUGUCAAUAACAAGCCAGAAUAGUUUUUAAAGGUAAACGAUUUCCUUGCUUCUCUCUGAUAAUAAAGUCGGGGCUUUGUGUAGCAGUGACUUGCAUGUGUCUUUUAUUAAAACAGGCAUUGCAUUUGAUGUGGUUGAUGUUGGGUAAGUUUGUUUGCGUUUGUACAAGAGCGUGGGGGCGGGACUACGAGGAAGCAGUUGGUCUUACUCACUGUGGCUUCGCGGUUGCACCGCUGUCAUGCCUUCACAAGGCUCCCCUCAGAAACUCGCCCUCACCAAACACUUGGCCCGGUUCACUCCCACAGCUCUUUGCAUGACUCACUGCACACUCACUGCCCACCCACUCUCUGCUGAUGUUUUAAUUAUUGCCCCCAACCUUUUGUCAACGUUGCUCAAGCACACAGAAAUGAUAGUGUGAGGGUUCUUCAUUAGCACAGAUAUUGUGUCAUAUUCAAACAACAUGUAUUCACUGAAUUACUGUUGCGUUGUGAUAUGCGUUGCAUGGUGGUUCUUCUAAAGCCUCACACAUCACGCCUCUGAGCUCUGAGUCAGGAACGACCAACAUCGCACAACGGUUGCACUUGCUUGCAAUGUAAAGGUUUGUUGACACAUCGGUGUAAUACAUUAUGUAUACAUUUCUUAUUGUUCCACUAUUUGCAGAGGGAGCCUACUUCAGCAGAAGUCUGAUAAGUCUAGAAAGUAAUUCCCUUUUUAACGGUACAAGGGCAAUGGCUACAUUUUGCGAUGUGAUUCUAAUGUAAAGUGGGUUUGUGGGCAGUACGGUGGCCGGUCGCCUCUAUGACAGAAGACCUGCGACCCCUGGCACGCAGAGGUCUGAUGAUUGUUGCAUUUGUCUGCAGAAUUGACCAGAGCAUGCACGGCAAAGUGGAGAUCGCAGCGGCUGCUGCUCCAGAGUGACCGUCAGCAUCACGCCGCGCUGGAGGAGAACGCUUCGAACAGCCGCGACUCUCCACGUCAUCAAAGUGCCUUUUUUUUUUUCAAACUAUGCUGCCCGUCACACCGUGGAACUUUUUACAGCUCGAUCUUCAGCAUUUUUGCCCACAUGCUGUCUGAAACGUUUUUAAUCUUUAUUUUAUAUUUACUGCCGAAAUAUGUCAUACUUAUCUUCUGGGUGUUACUGGUGUGUCUGCACGUUAUUUAAGGCACUCUGUUACAGGCGGUUGCUGCAUGUUCUGCUUUAUUACAUUUAAAUAUAUAUUUAUAUUCAAAGGGUGUCAACAGAGAGAAAUUAAUAUAUUUUUAUGGUUGCUCUGGUUUUUACAAUGCAUUGUAGGUGUCUGACCCAUUCACUAUCGUUUCAUAGAACACCUUCUGACAGCACCUUUUUUCAAUGUUCACUGCUGAUGUUCUCCAAAUUAAAAUCUUGCCCAGGUAAAAGUUUCCCUUCACUUGAACUUUCCCUUUGCUUUUGUGGAUGGAAAGCAUUUAUGAGAGCAACAAUCUAAAGCAAAGAUGUAGGUCUUAAUUUAAUAUUUUCUUCAAGUAAACCCAUUGAUCCAC